CCCUCCCCCGUCUCUGCUCGGCAUCCUCUCUCCCUGAGCCGGGCGGGGCGUCCUCCUUGUUUGUUCCGUCCGUCCGUCUCUCGCUUCCCCGCAGAGAUGAGUCGUUCUCCCGCCCGCCCACUAUAUGCAGAUGAGGCGCCCGUCUGGGCUUCCUGAUUGGUCGCCGGCGCCCCCACGCCCACGCAGGACGAAAGUACCAAAGUCCCACUGGCGGAAACGGGGAGAUUCGAUCCCGGAGCGCGGACAGGAAGCAUGCCGCCUCCUGAUUGGCUGCGCGCCGCGUUCCAGACCCUGCUGAUUGGCCCCUGAGGAGCCAGAGACCUGCUGGCCAAAGGCAUGAAGCGUAAGCGGAGUGAAGAUGAGGCAGGCCCUUCCGCAGCUGCCCCCUCUGGCUCCCUCGUCAGCCUCUCCGUCUCCAAGCUGCACCGAAGCCUUCAGCACGUGGAGCCCAACCUCCGCCACUUGGUGCUAGUGGCCAACACCCUCCGGCGCAUCCAGGACGAGAUGCUGCAGCCGGCCACAGCCCCCAUCCCCCAUCCGGACUUUCUGGCUGAUGGUGGCUGCACAGUCCCCAGGGACGAUGCUGUAGGUGCCUUGGCCUGCACCCUCCAAGACACUUGCCAGAGGCCGGUGCCACCAUCCUCUCUGGGCCCCCCUGUAGAGGAGCUCCUCCUCUCCAAUAUGGACUCCUCUGUCUUCUCCACCAUUCUGGAGGACCUGAGUGGCUUCGGAGACUUGGUGCACCCCUCUGUCGCCCAGCCUGAAGGCGGCCAGCUGUGUUUGCUCAGCCCAGAGCCUGAACGGACUUCUCACCCUCGCCCCUCCAGCCCCCUGGAGAUUCUGGGCCCCGGCACCUACCUGCUGGAGGAUGGCCUAGAGGGUGUGUUUGAAGACAUAGACACCUCCAUGUACGACUAUGACCUGUGGUCCACCAGCCUCCCCACCUUAAAGGAGGCCUUUCCUAGCACUGAGGACGAGAGGCCAGGGCUGGGCGACCUUGACUAUCUCAUGGACAUGCUUGUGGAGGCCCAGGAGCUGUGAUGAGAGGCGAGGAGAGGGUUGGAAAAGACUCUUCAGGGAACCAUGGUUUAAUCUUGGGAUGGAGCAGGGAACCAUGGUUUAAUCUUGGGAUGGAGCAGAGCACAUGCUGCCUUUUUCAGAACCCCUCCCCCCCAUUAGUGGGAGGAUCCCAAGGAGGAAACAGAGAAGAUGGGGGUUAAUGGUGCUGCAGUUAAUAUUGUCUCACAUGAGGCAAUCACUGCCAUGUGUGACAAAGCAGUCUUUAUUAGAUCUUGUAGAAAGCCAUUCCCCAAACUUCCUGUAUGAGAUAAUCCCUCGAAACAGAACUGUAACCAACUUGAAAUGCACUGAGUUCGGAGUUCUGUUUCGGUAGGAAUCUGGGCAUCUCCAAGAGGUUGUGUUAAACAGAUCACCGGCUAUGAUAAGAUUCUGCAGUGGCUUUUUUUAAAGACAUAAAACACUCUUCUAGGACUUGGGAAUGGAUUUUCCAUUUGGGAGGCUUCUCCCCCCUGCCCAAUGGGCCAGAGUUUGACUAGGCUGAUGUGUGUCGACUGACUUUGCUUGUUUUCAAAGAAGCGCCACCUGAGUUUCAGGCAUCUUGAAGUGCCUGUUUUAUGAGAUCACUCCACCCCCUCCCUUCCACAACCUCCCUGGAAUGUAGCGAACGCCACUUCCUCCUACACACCUUGGCUAACUCCGCUGAAUUGCACAGGCGGGAAAGGCUGGGCUAGGCGUGCGUGUUUGCAGGUUUGUGUACACAAAUAUAUCUGGACUGUUGUUGCUAUUGAGUGCUGCCUUCAGGCAACGAACGGUUGUAAGACUGAGAGGAUAAUUUAUUGUCUGAGUGCCAAGGACUAAAAGCUUGAAGAUCCAUCUACUA